CUUGAGGGACUACAUCUCCCAGGGGCGCUUGCAGUGGCGCGGCCCCCGGCGCGGCGCGCCCGGCGCGGGGCACGCUGGGACGGGGGCUCCAAAAUGGACAACCACAGGGAUGCGCCAGGGAAGGCGAGCCGGUGGUUCGGCGUGUCGCAGUCCAAGUCGGCCAAGACGAGCGUGAACAUCCUGCAGCAGGAGGAGCUGAUUGCCCAGAAGAAACGGGAGAUCGAGGCCCGGCUGGAGCAGCAGGCGCGGCAGAACUCCCUCAGCAUCCCGCAGCUCCCGCUGCUCGGAGACGAUGAUGGCUCCGAGAGCGAGGCCUCUGUGUCCAACAAGUUUGUGAACGAUGGGAGCUUCCUGCAGCAAUUCCUGAAGCUCCAGAAGGAAAAAUCCAAUGCUGAAAGCGCCCCCAACGCCCCGAACAACCCCGGGAAUGCCCCGGCGCCACAGGCCGGGAAGAAGCCCCCGGGGCUGCUGGGGAAGCGGCCGGGGCAGGCGCUGAGCCGCAUGCUGCAGGCCCGCAGCCUCGCCCCGCCCAGGGCCGGGCCCGUGCUCAGCCGCCUCAGCGUCUUCCAGGGCCCCGACGAGGACGACGAGGAGGAUUACGAGCAGUGGCUGGAGAUCAAAGUUUUGCCCCCAGAGGACGCGGAGACGCGGCAGGUGGUGGAAAAGCUGGCCAGGUUCGUGGCUGAGGGCGGCCCCGAGCUCGAGAAGGUCGCCAUGGAGGACUACAAGGACAACCCUGCUUUCUCGUUUUUGCAUGAUAAGAACAGCAGAGAAUUCCUUUACUACAGGAAGAAAGUGGCAGAAAUUAGGAAAGAAAAUCAAAAUUCCCAGGCAGCCUCUUCCCAAAAAGUUUCCCCCCCAGCCGACCAGGAGACGCGCAACUCGGCCGAGAAGCUGGCGCAGUUCGUGGCUGCAGGCGGGCCCGAGGUGGAGGCCAUUGCCCUGCAGAACAACAGGGAGAACCCUGCCUUCAGGUUCCUGUACGAGCCCCACAGCAAAGGGCACCGCUACUACCGCCAGAAGCUGGAGGAGUUCCGCAGGGCCCGGGCUGCCCCCGGGGGCUCCCCCUUUCCCGGGAAUCCCCAGGAAUGCGGCCUCAAACGGAAAAGCAGCCCCGAGGCCUCUCCCUCCCCCGUGGGCUUCCCCCCUCUCCCCGUUCCCGUCCCGCCGCCUCUGCCUCUCCCCGUUCCCGCUCCCCUUGUUCCCGCUGCUCUGCCCAUUCCUUCGGCCUCUCCUGCCCCCUCCUCAUCCUCCACCUCCCCUCCGGAUCAGCUGGCCCCCAGUCCAGCCCCGAUCCCAAACUCUGCCCCAGUCCCGAAUCCAGCCGUGAGCCCAAACCCAGCUGCAAUCCCAAAUCUUGCCACGACCCCAAAUCCAUCCGUGGCCCCAAGUCCUGCUCCGGGCAGCACCAAAAAGAAGAGGAAGAGCCGGUGGGGGCCGGAGGAGGAGAAGGUGGAAUUGCCCCUGCCCCAGCUGGUGCAGCAGCUGGAUUCUCCCUCUCCCCUCUCAGUUCAGGACCUGAAGGGUCUGGGGUACGAGAAGGGCAAACCCGUGGGACUGGUGGGAGUCACGGAGCUCUCGGAGGCCCAGAAGAAGCAGCUGAAGGAGCAGCAGGAGAUGCAGCAGAUGUACGACAUGAUCAUGAAGCACAAGCGGGCGAUGCAGGAGAUGCAGCUGCUGUGGGAGCGGGCGCUGCAGCAGCACCAGCACGGCUACGACAGCGACGAGGAGGUGGACAGCGAGCUGGGCACGUGGGAGCACCGCCUGCGCCGCAUGGAGAUGGACAAGACCCGCGAGUGGGCGGAGCAGCUGACCCAGAUGGGCCGAGGGAAACAUUUCAUCGGGGAUUUCCUCCCGCCCGACGAGCUGGAAAAGUUCAUGGAGACCUUCAAGGCACUCAAGGAGGGUCGGGAGCCGGAUUAUUCCGAGUACAAGGAAUUCAAGCUGACGGUGGAAAACAUCGGAUACCAAAUGCUGAUGAAAAUGGGAUGGAAGGAAGGAGAGGGACUGGGAUCCGAUGGGCAGGGAAUUAAAAACCCUGUCAGCAACCCGUGGGAAUACGGGAAGGGUUUGUACGGAGUGUGUAUGCGUGAUACGAGGGAGGACGACGAGUACGAGGCCUUCCGCAAGCGCAUGAUGCUGGCCUACCGCUUCCGGCCCAACCCCCUGAACAACCCACGUCGACCUUACUACUGAGGAUGGCUUUUCCCAACAGAUUUCCUGGGAAUUCUGCAUUAUCCAUCUCUUUUCUCCUGAUGUUAUCUGGCUUUUUUUGGAAUCACGGCUCCUCCUUCCCCCAUGGAAAAGCUUUCCAGCUUUUUCUGGGGACACGGGGAGGGUUUGGAGCAGCCCCAAAAAUCCCCCAGGGGACUCCAAUUCCGAGGAGUUUGGGAUUUUUGGGAAUGGCUGCUCCAGGAGGGGGUGGGGAUUUUAUUCCCUGAUUUUAUCUUGGAAUCCCAGAUCCAAGAGAUUUCGGGGAAUUUGGGGAACCAGUGCCUCCAGUUUUGCCUCUGGAUGGGCGGAUCUGGCCUGGAUCCGUUGGGAAUUCCAGGAUUUGAUGGGUCCAGGGGGGAUUUAUUCCCUUCCCAGGGAUUUUGCCAACACCUCCUGUGCUUUGGAAUGACGAAGACCCAAAAUUCCAGCACCACACUUUGGAAAAAUCCAGUUGGAUUUUGUUGUCCUAAAAAUGGAAAAAAAAAACCCUCUGGAAAUACAAAUUUUGUUCAUGGAGUCUGUAAAUAAAAUCAAACUUGUUUGUUCCUUA